AUGGUUUUGACCUCUGAAGAUGACUUUAUUAUUGAUAACUCAGAUGUAAUUAAAGAAACUUUGAUAGAAAAUUAAAUUAUUAAGCUUAAAUUUUUGGACUAAAAAUAAAGCAGUUCUCAUCAAAAUGAGUAGAUGUCUAAUGCUGAAGAGGAUAAAAGAUUUUACUUUUGGUAUGGACACUAAUCCAGUAGUCUAAGUAAAGCUAUGAAUAUGAUAGACAACAGAGUUGAGAUUACAAAUAUUGACUCAGAGAAAUAAUAAUUAGACGGUCAAAAGAAAAGAGUAAUUAAAUUGAAAACAAAGAGUCGUUUGUAAGAUGAGUCAAAGAUUAAUAAAUUAGAACUGAUUAGGAAGAUAACUGAUAUUUUUAUUGAGGAGAGAAACGAGGCUUUAGAUUAGUAAAAAAUCAGCAUCUGUUAAGAGAAGGUUGAAGAUAAUAAGUAAAAUACUGUAAUUGAAAAUAUUGAGAUGGAGGAGAAUAAAGUGUAAUCAGAUAAAGAUGCUAUUAAUUAAGCAUCUCCUUCAAAGAUAAUAAAGAGAGUAUCAUUUAGUGAAGAAAAGUAGAUUAAGUAUUACAGAUAGGAGAGUGAUGAUUAAGGCCUAAUACAUUAAAACUUAGUAGAUUAAGAUAAUGAGAUUGUUCCAACUUAGCUCUUCAAAGAUGAUGAUACCAAUUAGAAAAAUGUAAAGAAGAUUACAUCACUUCAAAUUGUAAAAAUGAAAUUUAGAAGAACAAAUGAGCUUAAGUCUCUUCUUUCGUUGUAGCCUGGUUAAUCACCUAAAAAAUCAUUGUUCUUAGCUAACUACAAUCUUAGAUCUAAUAGAUAGAAACGAUCUAAAAGUAGACAAACAUCAAAUUAAUGA